AUGUACCAAGAUACUUUUGAAGAGGAUGAUUUGAUUGCUGAGGUUGAGCUCGUUGCCCAAGCUCGCUACUCUCAAAGCAACGACGUGGAUGAUGGCUUUGACUCUGAAGUCGUUUCUUCCCAAACAUCUACCACCCAAAUCCCUGAUGGUGUUAGAAACUUCAUCCUUCAUUUCUAUCGCAACGUCAUUGACAACAAUGUCUACGAACUUCACAACAUCUACGACAGCUCUUUCAACAAGUUGACUGAAAAGUACUAUCAAAAGCAAGCUUGGCCCGAGGCUGAAGUCGUCGCUCCUCUUGUCAAUGAUGAUCAAGUCUUUUUGACCUUGUAUCGCGAGCUGUACUAUCGCCACAUCUACGCUCAUUUGACCCCUACUUUGGAGCAACGUUUCCACUCUUAUGAGAACUAUUGUGAUCUCUUCAACUACAUUUUGAAUUCUGAAGGACCUGUUUCAUUGGAAUUGCCUAAUCAAUGGCUUUGGGACAUUAUUGACGAAUUCAUCUACCAAUUCCAAUCAUUCUGCAACUUUCGUGAUCGCACAAAGAACAAGACUGAUGCUGAAGCUGUCUUGAUGCAAGAAAACUCUCAAAUCUGGAGCUGUUACAGCGUUUUGAAUGUUCUCUACUCUUUCAUCCAAAAGUCUCGCAUCAACGAGCAAUUGUUGGUUAGUAAGAACGGCGGUGACAUGAUGGAAGCUGCUGGUGAGUAUGGCUCUCGUCCUCUUUACAAGAUGUUGGGCUAUUUCUCUAUCAUUGGUCUUGUCCGAGUCCACUGUUUGUUGGGUGAUUACGUUCUUGCCUUGAAGAUGAUGGAUAACAUUUCCUUGAACAAGAAGGCCAUGUUUGCUCGUGUUACUGCCUGUCAUGUAACCACCUACUACUACGUUGGUUUCGCCUACAUGAUGCUCCGUAGAUAUGCUGAUGCCAUCAAAGCUUUCUCUACCGUCUUGUCAUUCAUCCAAAGAACCAAGCAAUAUCACUCUCGCUCAUACCAAUUCGACCAAAUUGCCAAGAGAGGCGAUCAAAUGUACGCUCUUUUGGCCAUCUGUAUUGCUCUCUGUCCUACUAGAUUAGACGAAAACAUCCACUCUCAACUUCGUGAAAAGUACGGCGAACAACUCUUCAAGAUGCAAAAGGGCGAGGAAUCCCUCCCUGUCUACGUCGAUCUGUUCCAAUUUGCUUGCCCCAAAUUUCUCUCUCCCAGUGGUAAAGGUGUUGAUGCCCAUCAAAACCAACUCAAGGUAUUCAUGUCUGACAUCAAGAACCAAAUCAACCUUCCUAUUCUCCGUUCAUUCAUGAAGCUCUAUACUUCCAUGGGCAUUGAAAAGUUGGCUAAAUUUUUGGAAAUCGAUUCUGAGGAACUCAAGACUCAAUUGUUGAUCUUUAAGCAAAAGUCCCGUCAAUACAAGUGGGUUGAAGGUAACCUUCUGGAGGGUGAAUAUCUGCCUACUUCAGAUCUUGAUUUCUGUUUGAAGCAAGAUGUUGUUCAUAUUGCUGAAAGCAAGGUGGGUCGUCGUUACGGUGAUUGGUUCCUGCGUAAUAUCAACCGCUGUGAAGAUAUCUUGGCCAACUUGGAACUUAGCAAAGCUUAA